UUUCAUUUCGUUUCACUGCCAAGACAACUUGGGGAUUGUGAGGCAGGAGGGGGCAGGUUUUCCGAGCCCGCUUUGCGCUGCAGGGGCGAGGCCCCCGGGGGGCAGCGAGGCAGGCAUAGCAGCACCCUCCCCGCGCGGCCCCGGGAAAGCCACGGAGCUGAGCCUAGCGGCCCUGGGUUAAAAAAGAGAGAGAAAAAACAAGCGGCGUGUCCGGGCCCGGGGGCUGCGCGCGGGUGUCCGGCCCGGCCUCCCCGACCGCGGCUUUCCCGGGGCCUGCGCAGGCCGGGAGGGCUCCGGGCAGCCCCGCGGGGAGGCCCGGCUCCGGCGGAGCCGCGGAGGGGGAUGGAGCGAGGGAGGGAAAAUGGAAGCGGCGCGUGACGCAAAACAGAAAAUUGGUGCCCGCCCAGUCCAAAGAGCGCAGAGGCGCAGGGGAGGGCGCUGCGCAGGGCGCUGGGGAAGGGGAAGGAGCGGGAGCGCGUUGAAAACAGAGGGGGGAAAAAAAAGUCCCGAAAAGGGAACGUCACAUCCCCUUGACCCUCCAAUCACCUCGGGGUCCCAUUUGAUUGGAAGGCGGCAAAGGCUUUAAUCUCAGACUAAUUCAGCUGCUUUUGAAGUGAGUUUCUCCGCCAGAGCCCGGGCUGGAUGGGCAGCGGCUCGCAUCGCGGCUGAGCGCGGCCGGCCCGAGCAGCCUGAGCCGCGGGCAGGCAGCGCCCCGCCGCAGCGCACGGAUUACUCGGCUCUUCGCGGCCCCGGCCCCGGCUGCAGCCGCGAGCGGGAGCAGACGCUGCAUGUGCGAGCGUCCGGGCGGCGGGCGCGGGCUCCCGGUGCUGCUCAGACCCGCGCGGCGCGCGCGCGCUCCCGAGUGCGGCCGGCGCGGCUCGCCCCAGCUUUCAUGCGAGGCUUUGGGUCAUGAUCACAGCGCCCGCGCUUUCUGCUCCGAGAAGUAAGUGCGGCGGCGGCGGCGGCAGAGACGUCGGGAGCAGCCUGGGCGGCGGCGCGGGGCUCGCCUGGCAGGACGGACACGCUGGGAAUACAGGCAGCGGCGGCGGCAGCACCAAGCCCUUCUUCCACCCCGUCCCGCCGUCCGACCCGCUGCGCCAGGCCAACCGCCUGCCCAUCAAGGUCCUCAAAAUGCUCACGGCUCGGACCGGCCACAUCCUGCACCCCGAGUACCUGCAGCCCCUGCCCUCUACCCCCGUCAGCCCCAUCGAGCUGGACGCCAAGAAGAGCCCGCUGGCCCUGCUGGCUCAGACCUGCUCCCAGAUCGGGAAGCCGGACCCGUCCCCCUCCUCCAAGCUCUCCUCGGUCACGUCCAAUGGCUCCGGCGGGGACAAGGACUCCAAGUCGGGCCCGCUGAAGCUCAGCGACAUUGGCGUGGAGGACAAGUCCAGCUUCAAGCCCUACUCCAAGCCGGGCGCCGAGAAGAAGGAGUCGGGCGCGGGGGGCUGCGCGGGCGCCUCCUCCGGGGGCGUCUCGGGCGGGGAGAAAUCGGGAUUCCGGGUGCCGAGCGCCACCUGCCAGCCGUUCACGCCAAGGACAGGCAGCCCCACCUCCAGCGCCUCCGCCUGCUCGCCCGGGCUGCUGCCGGCCGAGGCCAAGGCGGGCGAGGACAAGAAGGACGCCGAGGGCUGCGGCAAGGGCGGCGUGGCCGGCGCGGAGGGCGGCCCGGGCGCCGGCGGCAUCGGCCACGGCCGGAUUAGCGUGAGCUGCGCCGGGAUUAACGUGGAGGUGGCCCAGCACCAGGACAGCGCGCCGGGCGCCAAGCCGCUGCCCGCGGACCCCGCCGCCUCCUGCAGCAGCACGGCCGCCACCUCCUCCGCCUCCGCCUCCGCCUCCGUGCUGGGCUCCGGCCUGGUGGCGCCGGUGUCGCCCUACAAGCCGGGCCAGACCGUGUUCCCGCUGCCGCCGGCGGGCAUGAGCUACCCGGGCGCGCUGGCAGGGGCAUACGCCGGCUACCCGCCUCAGUUCCUGCCGCACGGCGUGGCCCUGGACCCCACUAAGUCGGGCAGCCUGGUGGGCGCGCAGCUGGCGGCGGCCGGCAGCCUGGGCUGCAGCAAGCCGGCCGGCUCCAGCCCCCUGGCCGGCGCCUCGCCGCCCUCCGUCAUGACGGCCAGCCUGUGCAGAGACCCGUACUGCCUGAGCUACCACUGCGCCAGCCACCUGGCUGGCGCCGCCGGCGCCUCGUGCGCCCACGACCCGGCGCUCAAGUCCGGAUACCCGCUGGUCUACCCCACGCACCCCUUGCACGGCGUGCACUCCUCGCUGGCGGGCGCCACGCCGCCCUCGCUGGCCGGCCACCCGCUCUACCCCUACGGCUUCAUGCUCCCCAACGACCCGCAGCCGCACAUCUGCAACUGGGUGUCGGCCAACGGACCGUGCGACAAGCGCUUCGCCACGUCGGAGGAGCUGCUCAGCCACUUGCGGACCCACACUGCCUUCCCGGGCACCGACAAACUGCUCUCCAGCUACCCCAGCUCCUCGUCGCUGGCCAGCGCGGCCGCCGCCGCCAUGGCGUGCCACAUGCACAUCCCCACCACGGGGGCGCCCGGCAGCCCGGGCACGCUGGCCCUGCGCAGCCCGCACCACGCGCUGGGACUCAGCAGUCGCUACCACCCCUACUCCAAGAGCCCCUUGCCCACCCCGGGCGCCCCCGUGCCGGUGCCCGCGGCCACGGGACCCUACUACUCCCCCUACGCACUGUACGGCCAGAGACUCACCACAGCCUCCGCUCUGGGCUACCAGUGAGGCCGGGCGGCGGCCCGGCCCCCUCUGCUCUCCCCCGGACUUUUUUCUAAGAGAGUGUUCGCCCGAGGACCGGCCCGGGAGCACCGUAUUUAUUUCUGUUAGCUUCAAGCGGGACAGUGAAUCAUAAAGUGCAUUACGGAGGGGAGCUCGCUAGGACCCCCGUGGAUCAACCCCCUUGUAGAAUAUAAAUAAAAAACCCGGCAACAACUCGAGGUCUUCUCUUUCCUGUUACUUUAAAACAAUUGCUAUGAUUGUAUUGUACGUUCUUAUUUAAUGUCUCCUUGAAACGGGAAAACAAAAAGAAAAAAAAUUGACAUGCAUGUUUGUUACUAAAAAAAAAAAAAACCCAACAAAAAGCCAACUCGCAAUUUGUCAGCUAUAACUUCAAAUUGCAAUUAUUUUUAAGGUGUGUUUACCCUUGAAAGAGAAUUGGUAUUUUUUGUAUGUAUUCUGGAAGAAAAAAAAUCAAAAAAGACAAAAAAAAACUAAAAAAAAAACAAAAACAAAACCCAACCCCGAUUCUAUUCCAAAAACCUCAUUUGCCUUAUUUUGUUCUUUUCAAAGGAACACGUAACUCUUUUUAAUUUUGAAGCCCGCCCGGCCAGAGGGGGUUCAGUAAGGUUUACGUCAUGUACUAAAAUAGACAAUGUAUCGCUUUAAAGAUUAAAAUUCCGUAUAUUUGA